GAUUCUAACGCAAGCGUCAUGACUUUUGGAUGACAUUAAAGAAUGCCCUAACCAGCCAUCACUUCAUGAAUUAGUUGUUUUUUUUUUGAAUAUGAGAUCACAUUUUAUGCUUGUCGUACGGACAUACACUUAUCGAAGUUGGACUUUUUCUGGUACAAUCAACGAAACAAUCACCGAAUCCUUGUUCAGGUACAUUCGAGUGCAACUGCAGGAUAUGUUGAGAAUUUGGAACCUUAUAUAAUCUAUCGAUGAAGUUGUGGACUUCGGACAGUUGUAAAAUUCUGUGUUAUUAAUCCAGCCAGUAAUUUCAAAAUUCACAACAGUUGGUACUGAACACGGGUACAAAGAUUACACUUUGAGUCGAACAGUUUCUCAUCAGUCAUGCUUACAAUGUUACAUGAUUUCAAUCUGUAGAAACUUCCCAUGUGUAUUUCAUUAAGCUAUCGAAUAUCAAAGUACCAUGGAUUAAGAUAAUGAUGCUUGAAUACAAGGUUUAGAAUUAUAUGAAUUUGAAACUUUAUUCUCAGAUUUACGUCAAUAAUCCUGGUGUGCGGAUUUAAAACAACAGUUUUAAUAGAAAGAUUGGUAAUGCUAAUUUGUUUUCGCUAUAAACCAAUUUACGUCCAUACCAUAAUGUUUCGGGAGAGGGCUGAAAUAGGCUAUGCCUGCUGCCCAAUCCCAUUCACUUGUCAAUGAAUAAAAUAUGGUUUAAAAUAAAAAUAAAAAUGUUUCCACCACUAUUUCUGUUAAAACAUAUAUAGAAAUUUCAUGUCAAAAUUAUAACAAAAGGUAAUAGGAUGUAAAAAGUAUAAAUCUGAGCGAAACAUCUCCGUGAUGAUCUUUAUGUAAUCUAAAACGGUUAUAGUUAUCUUGGAUGAUUAUAAGAAUACAUGAGGUAGUAGCCCCAUCCCCUGCUGUCUGCGUUUGAAGUCAUAGAAGCAUGACGAAUAGGAAUCAAUGCCAGAAGAAUUUACAGAAUGAACCUUCAACCAGGAAGAAUAUACUGACAUUAUUUUAAAGGGACUGGACUGAUGCACUAAUAACUGAGCAUUUUAAUUCUUCGAUGUAAAGCGUGGUGUAUUGUUAACUUUGAAAUGACAUGAAUGGAAUUAACGUAGCGGUCCUCUUUUUUAAACAAUAAACCAUAUAAGGGACUUAAUGUAUAUGUAUUCGAGUAAACCCAAACCUGAAUACACCAGUAGAGAUUCUAAAUAUGUCCAAAGACCAAGACAGCGACAACCCGAUCUAGAAAAUGAAGAUAUCUUAAACUCUAACAAGAUUAUAAGCCCUGAAAACGUACUCUGUGCUCCGUUGAAGUUUCCAGACUCUUCCGUCCGAGACGAGUAUCGAAAAUCCGAAAGAAUGUAUUCGACGGGAUUUAUUGGAAGAUCAGGAUUGGGUGAUCACCGCGAAACAUAUCAGCAAACUCCAGAAGAACCAUCGCUCGGUAGAUCAAGGAGGGAUGUGUAUCGUAAUGACAGGAGAACUGGAGAUUCCUAUGGUAAUUCGACCAGGGAGGAAUACGGGGAUUCUUCGGAAUCAAGACCAGUGGAAUCUUAUGGAGGUGUUGUUAAUGGGAAUACACGUGGUCUCAGUGAUGACCGGCCUUUCCGUGCUUCCGAUGUGUUUUAUGGAUAUGGUGGUCCAUUUCGUCUUGAUGCCGAUUCCGAUCGGAACACAGACAUCAGCGAUACAACUGAGAAUCUCUCAGUUCAACCAUGGAUGGAUAAAAUCAGUGGUGGGACAUUCAAAAGAAACUAUCUUGACAGAGUGUCAUUUCGGCCCAUGCUUCAGCAUGACACCAAAAUGCCCCUUCAGAAUGCUCGCGAGUUUCGUGACAAUGGAUACGACAGGGAUCCAUUAAACCUUAGAGAUAAGAAAAGGGGCAAAAGAACCAUUGUGGGCAUCAUUUUGGGAGUUCUUUUAAUCGGAGGCAUUGCAGCUGUCCUUGCCUGGUUUUUGACACAAAAGGGAGAUGAAGAGGACGCCUCUAUAAAAUAUUAUGUAGUGUUCGGUGAAAUGAGUCUAGACCAAGUAUUCUAUGAAGAACUCGCCAAUUCGUCUUCUCCAGAAUUCAAGAAUUUGAGUACAGAAUUCUGUGGCGCAAUUAAAGAUGCGCUGCAGAAAAACUCUUCAGAAUACGGAGAUAAAUACCAACAUUGUGACGUGACUAAUUUCAGGAACGGAAGCAUAGUGGUUCAAUACAAGGUGUACUACGAGUUCACUACUACUAUAAUCAUCGAGGAAACGGUCCAAAAAGAUAUCAACAGCUCCCUAACACCAAUAAAUUCCAGUCAUACACAGUUGUCUAAUUUUAAGGUCAUAACAACGAGUUUGACUAUCACGGUAAAUGUUGAGACUUAUGUAAUAGAUCCCAUAACAACUAGUUCAACAACAACAUCAACUACAGCACCAGCAACAGAAACCACAACCGACAGUUCCACAGGAACCACAUCCGACAGUACCACAUCGACUACAGCACCAGCAACAGAAACCACAACCGACAGUUCCACAUCGACUACAGCACCAGCAACAGAAACCACAACCGACAGUUCCACAGAAACCACACCCGACAGUACCACAUUGACUACAGCACCAGUAACAGUAACCACAACCGACAGUUCCACAUCGACUACUGCACCAGCAACAGAAACCACAACCGACAGUUCCACAUCGACUACAGCACCAGCAACAGAAACCACAACCGACAGUUCCACAGAAACCACACCCGACAGUACCACAUCGACUACAGCACCAGUAACAGUAACCACAACCGACAGUUCCACAUCGACUACUGCACCAGCAACAGAAACCACACCCGACACUUCCACAUCGACUACAGCACCAGCAACAGAAACCACAACCGACAGUUCCACAGAAACCACACCCGACAGUACCACAUCGACUACAGCACCAGUAACAGUAACCACAACCGACAGUUCCACAGAAACCACACCCGACAGUACCACAUCAACUACAGCACCAGUAACAGUAACCACAACAGACAGUUCCACAUCGACUACAGCACCAGCAAUAGAAACCACAACCGACAGUUCCACAUCGACUACAGCACGAGCAACAGAAACCACAACCGACAGUUCCACAUCGACUACAGCACCAGUAACAGUAUCCACAACCGAGAGUUCCACAUCGACAUCACCAGUAACAGUAUCCACAACUGACAGUUCCACAUCGACGACAUCACCAGUAACAGUAUCCACAACCGACAGUUCCACAUCGACUACAGCACCAGCAACAGUAUCCACAUCCGACAAUUCCACAUCGACGACAUCACCAGUAACAGUAUCCACAACCGACAGUUCCACAUCGACUACAGCACUAGUAACAGAAACCACAACCGACAGUUCCACAUCGACGACAUCACCAGUAACAGUAUCCACAACCGACAGUUCCACGUCGACAACAGCACCAGAAACCACAGCAACAGCUGAACCAGUGAAAUAUACAGCAGAUGUCCAUGUUUCCAGUAUAGUUGCUACUGUUGGAGAACUCACGACAUCAAAAGCGUGCAUAGUCACUCCGCACGGAGAAUGGCUUCAAAUCAACGUAUCAGUCGAUUCGGGCGGGGUGUCGCACGUCAUCGGGAAAUUAGAUUACAACCAAUCUUUUGAAACCCCAUCGUCCCUGGACAGAUUUAAUGCUAGUAUCCGCAUGAAUGGUGAUACAGUGGAUGUGAUGGUGACUCUGAAUCUAACGGAACCAACAACCAAAAUCUGCUCCUGGGACAACAGUUAUAAAGUGUAUUGCUCUGUGAUUAUGAACGACAUUUUUCCGACUAAGGUGGUUGAGUUCAAUGCAAUUUCCGUGACAGCUCCUAUGGCAGAAGUAAGCAUCGACUCUAAGGUACAUUACAAUGAAGGUGAUCAGAUGACCUUCAAUUGUACAACGAAAGGGGAUCCAAAUUAUAGUUACUUUGAUGUUCAAUUAAUCAAAGAUUCCAACAUUUUUUACAACAAUUCCGGUGGAGACUUUGGGACUGGAACUAACUCCGACUGUUCCAUUGAUUUCAACUGGGUUGGUGGUCACUUUCUUCCGCCGCUGACUUCCAAUCAAACCGGCGUCAUAGUCCGCUGUGUUGUAAGAAACACUGUACUGAAUAAGACUAAGACAGCUGAAAAGACGCUGAAUGUGUCAUCGUCAGCUACAAUUACAACACCAGUAUCAGAAACGACAACCGACAGUACCACAUCGACUACAUCACUAGUAAUAGUAUCCACAACCGACAGUUCCACAUCGACUACAGCAUCAGUAAUAGUAUCCACAACCGACAGUUCCACAUCGACUACAUCACUAGUAAUAGUAUCCACAACCGACAGUUCUACAUCGACUACAUCACCAGAAACCACAACCGACAGUUCCACAUCGACUACAGCACCAGCAACAGAAACGACAACCGACAGUUCCACAUCGACUACAGCAUCAGUAACAGAAACCACAACCGACAGUUCCACAUCGACUACAGCACCAGCAACAGUAUCCACAACCAACAGUUCCACAUCGACUACAGCACCAGUAACCACAACCGACAGUUCUACAUCGACUACAGCAUCAGUAAUAGUAUCCACAACCGACAGUUCCACAUCGACUACAGAACCAGCAACAGUAUCCACAACCGACAGUUCCACAUCGACAACAGCACCAGCAACCACAACAACAGCUAAACCAGUGAACUAUACAGCAGAUGUCCAUGUUUCCAGUAUAGUUGCUACUGUUGGAGAACUCACGACAUCAAAAGCGUGCAUAGUCACUCCGCACGGAGAAUGGCUUCAAAUCAACGUAUCAGUCGAUUCGGGCGGGGUGUCGCACGUCAUCGGGAAAUUAGAUUACAACCAAUCUUUUGAAACCCCAUCGUCCCUGGACAGAUUUAAUGCUAGUAUCCGCAUGAAUGGUGAUACAGUGGAUGUGAUGGUGACUCUGAAUCUAACGGAACCAACAACCAAAAUCUGCUCCUGGAACAACGAUUAUAAAGUGUAUUGCUCUGUGAUUAUGAACAACACUUUUCCGACUAAGGUGGUUGAUUUCAAUCCAAUUUCCGUGACAGCUCCUAUGUCAGAAGUAAGCAUCGACUCUAAGGUACAUUACAACGAAGGUGAUCUGAUGACCUUCAAUUGUACAACGAAAGUGGAUCCAGAUUAUAGUGACUUUUAUGCUGAAUUAAUCAAAGAUUCCAACACUCUUUUCACAAUUCCCGGUCCAGAUUUUGGGACUGGACUUAACACCGACUGUUCCAUUGAUUUCAACUGGGUUGGUGGUCCCCCUCUUCCGCUGACUCCCAAUGAAAACGGCGUCAUAGUCCGCUGUGUUGUACGAAACACUGUGCUGAAUAAGACUAAGAUUGCUGAAAAGACGCUGAAUGUAUCAUCUGCUGGUGUUGCAUUUUUUAAAUAUAGCAAAUCAAACCUGACAAAAAGUUUCCAAGAAAUAGAAUGCAUAGCCCGCAGUGCGUCAUCAAUUUUUCAGGAAAUCAUUUUAUCUAAAGAUGGUGCCGAAAUUGCUGUUAUGAAUAGUUCAGGAACGGCCUCAAUGCUCAUAACUAAUGCGAGAUACUCUGUAACAACACAAUCGUUUAGUGGCGAUGAACGACUGAUCUUGAGAAUAUCCAGUGUGGAGUGCGAAGAUCAAGGAAUGUUUGGUUGCAAAAUGUCGACAAAGAACAAUUCUAUAAUAACCGCUCCCAAUAUGACGUUUAUUGUGGAAGGAGCUAAACCAGAAUUGAAAUUACAUCCCGACAUCUUCGAACCUUUCGCCAGAGCAGGCCUCAAUCAUAUUUGUUCCACGGAGCACACCGGAAUGGAAGAGAGAAAUAACUACUUGGAAGUUCAAAUAUUCAAACCGAACGCUGUGACUGGUUUUAGAUACUCAAACAGAAUAGCAGAGACCGAAAAAAUGCUGGAUCCUACGAACAAUAUAACUUACAUCAACAUCACAGGAACGACUGCCCAGUUCCUUCUUGUGUCUGAUUGGAAAACGAAUGUGUCGUGUAACAACCCGGAAACGAUAACAUUUUUGCUGGACUUGACGAUGGAGUUCAAUAACGGGACUGUGAAAUGUGUGCUGAAGGACGACGAGACAGUGCACUCUUCUGUGGAGUCACGCAUAACAGUGAUUCCUGGUAACUUUUGUGACGGAUAUGAGCACCAAUCUAUCAGAAAACAUCCGAACAAUGACUGCAAUAGUUUUGUCGAUUGUUCGGAAAUCGGAGGGAAAAUGUAUGCCGUGGGAAAUCAAUGUCCUACUGGCCAAUGCAUGGACUUUACAAACAAAUAUUGUGUAACUUGUGACGGAAGUUUUACUUGCGAGGAAGUAACAACACCUGGGCCUACAACAAUAAUGACAACCCUACCCCCAGGAACACGCUAUGUGUCCUGUAAUGAUUCCACCCACUCGGAGGGGACAUCAGCCAUCGUAAAAUGUGUUGUCCUAGAUAACACAUUCGUCAGUCUAAACAUCACAUUCCUCCCAGAGUCAAGUCAAGGGAGUGAGGAAAAAAUAGCGGGAAUUCUUCCAGACGGCACGGUGCAAUCUCAGUCCCGUACUGACAUGGGCAUAUCCACCAACUUUGCUUCAUCGCCUAUGAUUUUAUCCAUGACGUUCCAUUCAGUAAAUUGCAGUGGUAAAGGACGAUAUAGUAUCACCGGCAUGGGAACAGAUUCAUUGGUUGCCCUUUCUGUUGAAACAUUUAGACUAAAUGUUAUCAGCAAUCUGACAGCAUUCAGUAUAAACACGAGUCCAAUUUACCAAGAGGGUUCACAGAUUGAAUUCAACUGUACAGCUACUCUAGAUGAGUCUCACGCAGACAUUAAAGCGUACUACAAAAGGCAAUCAGAGAGCAGUUUUAACGAAAUUGAGGGAUCAACAGUUAUCACUGGAAGAAACGACCCACACUGUCUUGUGAAUGUCGUUUGGAAACCAUCAAAUCUUAUGAUAGCUGAUGGAAGUUUCAAUAAUACCGACCUUAAAUGUUCAAUUAUGCAAUGGCCAUUUGCAAAUAAAUUAAAGUCAAUUACUGUUGGAACCGCAGAUGUCGCCUUUGAUAUGUACAAAAUUGAAGCUAACAUCAACAGCACGGUGUCUGCCAAAUGCUUUGCAAGGAAUGUGAAUGCUGUAAAAGCGAUUGUUAUAAGAAGAGCUGACAAUAACGCGACGGUCGCCAGUAUCUCUCUAACAAACACCCUUACCUUCAGUAUAGAUGGAGUAGCGGUCAGUUACACAAACAACUCUUUGACGAUGUCCAUAGCAGCAUUAAGUUGUUGGGAUGAGGGAUACUAUACCUGCACCGUUGUAAAAUCUGAUGAUGCAGAGACCAGUGCACCGGCGCAACUUCACAUUCAACCAAAAGAUCCGCCAAAAAAGCAGUUAUCGACAUUGCGCCUCGAUCCAGACAUAAAAGAAAACAGUUACGACAGCGCCAAAGUACACACCUGUACCGGAGAUGUAGGCUAUCCAGUGAGCGAGGGAUAUUUAUCAAUAACAAUUACUAACCCCGACACCAAUGUUAACUAUUCAUAUGAUAAAAAAGCAGUGACAGAUGCCAUGAAAACUCCCGAAACAUCGCCUCUUAAAUUUAGAGUAAGUCUUGCAACUGGCCUUAGCAUACUCAUUGUAGAAGAUGACGAACCAACCAAUAUCAACUGUACAAGGACGAAAAUGAUAAAGUUCUUAUUGCAAGUUACGAGGGAAUGGAAUAUGGCGAAGAUUCACUGCAGUGUUAAAACAGAUAAUGGUGAAAUAAAGGAAACCGUAGUUGAAGAUGAAAUAUACGUUAUUCCAAAGAGUAUAUGUGAUGAUACGAAUGGAACAGAUGCAUACCGACCGCACGAAAAGAUAGAUGGAUGCAGGACCUAUGUAAGGUGUUUUAAUUACAUACCAGCAGGCCAAUUUUGUGAUAAUGAUUUGUGUUUUGACCAUGGUGGAGGCGAGAGGUGUGAUUGGUGCUAUAAUGUGAAGUGCGAAUCGGAGAUGACAACUACUACAGAAGGAUCGACGGAAUUAGCGACUACAACUAUCCCUCCAUCCACUACUCCAGCAUUGCUCUGUCCUUUACAAUCCUGCACGUCAGAUUCGGCAUACGAAGGGGACACUGCUAGACUGUCAUGUUCUAUGAACAUGUCUGUGUCAUAUACACAAAUAACUGUUGCGAAAAAAGGUCAAGCUUUAUUAAUGGUGUAUCCAAACGGUACCACUGUCUUCAGUAUCAGUGAAUAUGCCGACAAGUAUAACUGGACUUUGGGCUCAUCUUCCGUUUUCACAAUCAAGAACACGUCAUGUUCGGACAGAUCAGAAUAUACAUUCACCGUGGAGGCUGAUGACGGGAGGACUUGCUCUGAAAAACCGUCUUUUGAUUUGAAAGUGAAACCAACAACACCUACGCUGACAAUUGAUUACAGAUGGGAAGUUGGAAAAAACCAAAUGAUUCACACUUGUUCAGGGGAUGUUGGAAACCCUGCCGGGACUUUGUCGCUUGAGAUAAAAAACGGGACAUCCGGAAAUUAUACAUCAUAUACCUCACUUAGAGAUGAUGAAUUCCAUGAAGAGAACUGUUCCAACACGCUAUAUGUUAAGUUCUCAAUUGAUUUCACAUCAACCAAUCUCCAGGGCCACUAUAUUCGUUGUGUUGCUGAUAAUUCACAUACACUUCAGAGCUCGGACACUUCCCCUGCAUCGGAUGCAGUGAUGAUCAAUCCACUUCCUGCUAAUCCAUGUUUAGUUGAUGGGCAUCAUCCUUAUCCAGGCGAAUGCAGUCGAUUUUUACAUUGUGCUAAUAACAUCACUAAUUUUGAUCAGUGUCAGGCGACAUUAUGCUUUCACCCAAACACAAACGCCUGUCAAACUGAUUGUUCUCAUUGUUAGCUGUGAUUUUUGUGUCGCCCACACAGCAAGGUAUGCACUAAGGAAUUACUUUCUUUGGAGUGCGAACUCUUUCUGACUGGCUGGCUGGAGUUGUUGGUACCUGUAUGCGACACAUGUAAUCCCCAGAAACAUUUUUUGAAUAAUGUGAUACAGAGAGAAUGCAUGCUACAAUAUACAAAUAUUUUUAUGAAUUUAGUGUUUGUUAUUGCGUAACAUAGAUGAGCUUUACCAAGAUUAUAUUAUAUUUUUCAAUGUUUAUCUGUUUUAAAAGAUGCGGUUUUUUUUUUAGCAGAAACUAUUUCAUACUUUAUCAGAUUGUUAUGCAUAUAGAUGUAAUGGCGUUAAUAUUUUUGCACACAACAAGAAAAUCCCCGAAAUACAGAUGUAAUGUCAUCUGUAAGGUGAAGAUGAAAAAUCGGUUCGGACAUUGACUAUGUAUAUGAAUAAAUCAUGCGAAACUUA